GUGCCAGUGUUUGGCGUGUGUUUGUAUACGACUUCUGACACGCGCUGUUGUGGCUACCGAAAAACGAAUUAGGCAGUUUUUUCCCGAUUUCAAAACGCCCGAUUAUCGUUCGCAAACAUACACGCACCUGUGAACUGAAUACUUUUUAUUAUUACAAUAAACACAUCAGAUAUUCAAUUUUGGAAAACGUACGAUCUGUCGGUGAUUCGCGGUUUCCAACAAAUAUCUACUGUUUGUCUGUUUGUAGAUUACUCAUAUCGAAUGGUAAAGUAACUGAUAAAUUCGAUAGACGACCAAGACCAUCAUGCCGUAUCAGGAGAAGACCGUGACCGGUUGAGGUCAUGACGACGCAAUGCGGUCCACCGACGGUCUGCUGGCACUGCUAUGGGUCAUCAUCGCCAUAGCUGUGACUGCGAGGACGCCGCGUGUCGCGGCGGCUACGUGCCCACAGCCAAGUGAUGCCGUCCGGCGAUGCAAGUGUUCCAGCCGAGACAAUGAAAUUCAGAUAUGGUGUAGUCAUGGAGAUUCGAAGACCAUAUUUGAUGAGUUGAAGCAGUUAGCUUCAUCCGUAACAGAUCCAAUUGACGAACUAAUAUUAGAAAAUAAUGCCAUUUCGUCAAUGCCUGCCAAUGCUUUUUCAACUUUAAAAAUUAUACGAUUAAUGUUACGUGAAAAUGGAAUUCAAAAAGUUGCUUCAAACUGGUUAUCUGAUCAAGAAACAAGCAUACUAGAAUUGUUUAUAGUAGAAGCAGAACUUAGAAGUUUUCCAGAGGAAAGUUUAAUGGUAUUACCUAGACUAGAAGCUCUAUCGUUAAUCGCAGGAUCAUUAACGCGACUACCAAUAAUAUCUGGCUUAGCUAGAUUGAGGUAUGUUCAAAUCGAAGCAUCUUCAUUGAUAAACAUGGGAACAGGCAAUUUCUUGGGGUUGCCAUUUCUAGAACAGUUGCAUAUCACUGGUUCUCCAAAAAUGCAAAAGUUGGACGUAGGCACUGUACAGGAUUUGCCUCGACUAUUUUUGUUAAAUUUUACGGAUUGUGGAAUCACGUGGAUGCACCCUAGAGCUUUUGCUCGUUUGCCAUCACUUCUUGAACUAUCGUUAGUCGGCAACAAGUUAGCUGAUGCAUCAAAUAUUGGAGGAGCAAUUAGAGAUUUGACCUCUUUAACUACAAUUAGACUCGAUAGAAAUGAAUUAGAAUUCAUUAAUGAAGCCACAUUCGUAGAUAUACCGUCGUUGCGUUAUGUCUAUCUAUCCACCAACAAGAUAAGUGAUAUACGUAGAGGCGCAUUUCAUCGAAUGCCCAAUCUAAAGUCAAUCGACAUAAGCAAAAAUCAAGUUCGUCAUAUCCACCCGGAAUCAUUCACGCCCAUUCGCGAUAACAAUCUAGAAGAAUUAUGGUUAUCUGAAAAUUCCAUAGACAAUGCGAUGACAAUAAGAUUAAUUUUAGACAUGUUUCCUAAACUACGUUUUCUGGAUGUCAGUCGGAAUCAGUUGCAGGACAUUAUUUACGGAUCAGUACAGGGACAUUCAAGGCUAGAAAUGUUGUACUUAGAACACAAUAGACUACAAAGGGUUGGCAGGGAAACAUUCACUGCUAUGCCAAUGUUAAGGGAAUUGAGAUUGGCAAAUAAUUCGCUGUCCAAUUACCUAGCAAUUCCUCUAUGGAAUUUACCCAUGUUAAAAGGUCUUGACAUAUCGUUUAAUAAAUUUGAUAAACUAGAACGACGUAUGCUAGCUACAUUGCCAUCAUUAAGGCGAUUUGAUAUUAGUCACAAUGCUGUUUCAUCAUUAGAUCCGACCACUUUUAUCGACACUCCAAAUUUAGAACAUAUAAAUAUAUCUCAUAACAACAUAGAUUCUAUAAACUCUUUAACACUAUCCCACUUAUACCAUUUGUACGAAUUCGACGCAAGUCACAAUAGACUUAAUCAAUUUGUUGGUGGUAUGCCAAGAGCCAUUGAAUACUUAUAUUUAUCUCACAAUAAAAUUAUGAGCUUGCCAAGUGAUGGUUCAACAGAUUUACAUCUACCAGCCUUGAAACUUCUUGAUGUUUCAGAUAAUGGUAUUCAUAGAGUACCAUCAAAUUCAUUAAUUGCUUUAAAUUUAUUGCGUUGGCUCUAUUUGGGUGGAAAUUCAAUGCAACAACUGGAUAAUGGAGCAUUUAGUGGAUUAAGCCAAUUGGAAAUACUGACAUUAAACGACAAUAAAUUAUUAAGUAUACAUCCGAACACUUUUAAGGAGUUACCACUACUCAACGAAUUAAAUUUAAAAGGAAACAGAUUAGAAGUUUUAGAACCUUCUUUGUUGUCUAAUAAUGAAAAAUUGAAAAAACUCGAUGUAAGUCAUAAUAGGCUAACUGAAAUCCAUGAAUCAUACUUUUCUGUAAAUAAGGAACUCGAAGAACUAUCUAUUGCUCAUAAUUCUUUAUCGGAGUUUCCAACAUCAUUAGCAGCGAAUCCAAACCUAAAAAUUCUAGAUUUAAGAAAUAACGAAAUUAAACAUAUGAAAAGUGGAAUGGUCUCGUCAAUGCCAUACUUAAAAGAGUUGUACUUGUCAGAAAACAACUUAAAUAUUUUACACGAAGGGGCCUUUCAACAGCUACCAAAUUUGACUAUUUUAGAAAUGGAAGGAAAUAAUCUUAACACAUUACCUUCGUAUGGAAUACAAAGCUUGCCAAAUCUUAUGGUUGUAAAAAUGGCUAGAAAUAAAUUGGUAUCCUUACCAAGUGCAGCUAUGGUGAAUUUACCAAUGCUACAAAUUGUCGAAUUGCAACAAAACCAACUCAAUGAAAUAGCCAGUGAUGCAUUUGUUGGUAUACCAAAUUUAAUUAUGAUGAACUUGAGCCACAAUUAUUUGAAUGGUAUGGAAAAAUCUGGUUUAAAUAAUCUAAGAAACUUAGAAGUUCUCGAUUUAAGCCAUAACAAGUUAAAACAAAUUACUACUAGAAGCAUACAAAAUAUGCACUCUUUAAUUAUGUUAAAACUUGAUAACAAUAGGUUGUGUAAUAUUAUUGGAAGCCCAUUUGAAGGAAUGAGCCGUUUAAGAGUAUUAAGCUUGCGAGAUAAUAAGAUGACUUCACUUUCUGAAUCUACGUUUAACAGCAUCAAACCCACAAUAUCUCGUUUGGAUGUUGAUGGUAAUCCAGUACACUGUGCUUGUAACAUGAGGUGGUUGCAAUCAUGGUUAAGAACGACAGCUGACAGUUUUGGUCCUAGGUGUACUGAUGGUACUUUACUUAGAGAAAUGACUUUUACAUCAAAACACUGCGACGAAAAAGAAUUAAAUAAUAUUGAGGAAAACAUUCCCGGUUGUGAAAUCGAAUCUGUUCCUGUUAGUAAUGCAAAUACGGUGACUUCAAAUAAGGUAACAACGUGGACAAACAGCGAAGAAUCCGAUAAAAAUAAACCACUGCCAGAAGAAACUGAUUAUUUUUACGAUGAUGUCGUUGAUUUAAAUGACAAAGUUGAACACCAAAGAGGUUUUUCAACUGAGAAAACAUUGUCGACAAUAUCUCCUGCUAUUUUAUCACAUUAUGUACCCGGUGAUACACCAACAUUGUAUGCUAGUUCUCGGCCAAAUAGCUCUUCCCCUUACACCGAUGACCACUCGGUGCAGAGCAACGCUGGUGGUACUGCGUACACAUUUUUCGGCGUACCAAUACCACCGCUGAAUUUGAACAAUAUAUGGGGUCAAGGCAAAGGUACAGGUAAAAGACUCAAGGAUAGUAGACGGAAUUCAUUGCCAAAAAGGACGUCAACAGUAGACCAGGAUGGUUUUACGCCUAAUUUGCCGGGCACUGGAAGUUUCCGGCCAAUGAUGACUACUCCAGAUAAUACUUUCUUUGGGGAAGACAUGGAGAACGAUGGCGACGAAGAUAAUAUUUACAGAAAUAAUAGUGCAUCUAAUAAAAUUAUAGGUUCCGGUAGUCCUCCGCGGUAUCAACUCAGCAGCACUACAGAAUCACCAUACCGUUAUGAUAGAUUUUCCAGCAACGACUUAAGUUUUUCUAAGUUCGUAAACAUCACGACUCGUGAUUCCUUAUACGAAUCGGCCACUAUAAAUUCAAUCAUUAGACCAACUGCUAAACCUAGUAUGACCAACAACCAGCAACAGACGUUGGCGACAGCUACCACUAUACAAAAUGAUUUGGUUAACCAAUCCGAAAUUCCAUUUGUUCAAUUGUCAACAGUGGGACCCGCGACGACGAGCUCGACGACCCAACAGCAACGUCAGUUCGCAGCCGUCACGCAUCCGGACUCCGCAGCAGCGUCGACGUUUGCGCCCGGAUCAACUGCAGCGGCCCCCGAAGCGGUCAACGUGUCCACGCCAUCGUCGCUGACCGGUUUCUUGGCACCCGGCGGUCAGCUACCCGUGUUCAAAGACGGAACCGGUGGCCAAGCGUCGUCGGCUCAUAAAGACGGAACCGGUGGCCAGGUGCCGUCGUCUCACAAAGACGGCGGCGGUGGUGUAGUGGUCACCGGAAAACCAUCCAUCGUAAAGGUGACGCUGAGUCCGCCAGCAGGCCAACAGAGCCAGCAACAGCAACAGCAACCGCAGCAACAACCACAGCACCAGAGGCCACAGUCGGCGGCAGAAGACACAAAGUACUCGAAAAGCGGCUCCAACAAUCACCAGCAAGCGUACCAACUGCCGUCGCCCACCAGGUCGACGGACGCGUUUCAGUCGACGCCGUUCAAGACGAGUUCGGCAAGCGACUGGUACUACGCCAACUACAACAAAACCAAUGUGGAACCGUUCGUCAGCAAGACGUCGUCCGCGGCGUCCCGUUCCGGCCACCCGCCCGCCAUUUCGGCCACGGCGGCGAUUGCUGCGGCCGCCAUAACGGCCGUUUCCAGUUUCGGACGAUCGCCCGCCGCCGUCGUGAUACCAUACUGUACUUUGACCUAUAUUUUAUACUGUAAUUAUUAUUAAUUAUCGUUUGCGAAUCACAGUGUAAAAAUGUACCUUCAAACAGUAUUCGGCUUUUAGGAUAUUAUAAUAACACCGUGUAGAUUUAGAUUACGUAUUGCUAUUAUAUAGACGAACCUCUGAACAUUUACAUAAUUCGUGACUCAUGUUAUACCUACUUAUAGCUUAUACACUAUAUAAUAAUAUUGUAUUACUCGAUUCGUCUUCGUUCGUACUCUUGUAGUCGGUGGCUGAAAAAUCUACGACCAAACGUAAGAAUUUUCCGAAAAAUUAACAUUGCCUUUAUCAGCGUUGCAUAAACGUAUUAUAUUGUAAAGCGCGACGUCGUUUAUUAAAAUCUUCAUUUGCACGAGGGAUGUUGUAAAAGUCUAAAAUGUAAUUUACCUAAGAGCCAUUGGCAUACCGCAUACCAAAGUCACGAAGAACCCUAUAGAUAAUUAAUCCUUACCUUCAUAAUAAACUAUUCACCUCGAAAACAAAAUCCUAUGCCACUACGUCACUAUGGCUUGUAGUAUACAAUAUUCAACUGUUAAACGGAAUCUACCUAUUAAAUAUAUUAUAUGCCUAUACUUAGUCAUUGAUUGCGACUAAGGCUCAGAAGUAAUAGAAGUUGCAUAGUUGUAUAUUAUAGUAAUAGUAUGUAUUUUUUCAUUGAUUUUUAUACGCAUAUUAAGCAUUGAUUUUUUAUGUUUUUUUUUUUUUUUAAAUUGAUUCCUUUCUUUUUCUUAAACUGUUUAUUUUAAAUAAUAUUAAAUAUAAAUGUUAAUAUUAUUAUACGUUGGAAUUUAUUGCCAUCGUCACAUACACGUUAGUCUCGUACAAUUUCUUCGUACAUAUUCGUAGCAUAUUUUAGCUUCUAUAACUUCCGAGUCGCAGUUAUAAGUUAUAACCAAUAGUAGUUGUAGAUAUUAUAUUAUACCCAUAUUAAGCUAUAUCGCUACGCGUUGAUAUGUUAUAUAAUAUAUAUAUAUAAAUAUACAUGAUUACUGUUCGAUUUUAUUUCAUGUUAGUAUUUUAACAAAUAGAAGAUUUAUUUUUCAUCGUUUUCCGGCAACAAAUCCUAUUAUUACACUUACCCUAAUGUACGAGUAGAUGCUUAUAUAGGCAAUAGGUAAUCCUAAUCCUAAACACUACAAAAUGUUGUUAUUAACAAUUUUUGGAGUAUAUUAGUAUAUAUUAUAUUGUAAACAUAUUUUAAUACACAUCAAAAUAUUAUAUGGCAAUAUUGUUUUUAAAAUACAAACUUACUUUUAUAAUAUUUUAUAUUAUUAUAGGCUUUUAUUUAACAUGCCUAUACCAGGUAUUACCUCUAUAUUAUAAGUUGUAACUUGUGUAAUAAUGUAAUGUAUACCGAUCUAUUAGUGUACAUGUAAUGUAGUAUAUUAUGCACCAUUGUAUCAUAAUAAUAUUAUAUUUAAUGGUUUACAAUACUGAAUACAUAUUUUUUCAGUUAUCUCCAAAUUAAUGAUGUACCUAUGUGGUAUAAAUAGAUACCUAGCUAAUUCUAUUUUAUUUUUUAUUUCUAUCUAUUUGUGUUUGAUUUCUGAUAUUAUGUUACACUUCUUGCUCUAACCGUAUUAUGUAUUGAUUGAUUUUUU